CCGUUUUCUCCUCUGGCUCCCCUCAGUUGGGAGGAAGUUGAUAGAUGGGGCAAGUACAGAUAUGGUGUGUGGAGCUGUAGGGGCUCCCAGUGUGGCUGCUGCCAAACUGCUUUUACCAAGGGAAGUGAAAAAUGUCACUCGGGUCUCUGAUUCUUCAGGUUCUACCUGCUUUUGCUACCCCGGGAAAGGGGCAGAGCUGUUGAGAGUGGUGUCAUGGCAUCAAAGAAGUGAAAGCUGUCUGGAUACAUAACAGGUGGCAGACCCACCAUGAGAUCUUCUGGGAACUGAUCCUCUUACUGAAGGAAGUGUCCCUUGGUUCUGUCCUCUUACUUCCUCCUUCUCUCAGAAGGAAACAGUGUAUGAGGCAACUUAGGUAUCCUGACUGUGACCUUUGGGGACAUCUUUCUUCAUAGCUCUACUUGAGUCAUCCUAAAUGCUGUUACAGCAGGUAGAAAAAUCUCUUCCCUCGGGGUAAAUGUGAGGAUGAGAAAGAUCUGAGAUUAGUUCUGCUGGCGUGACACUCCCUCUCCCACAGCUCUCACAAACUGCGCCACAGGACCCGUGAGAGCUGUGUGUUUCUGGUAAGGCUUAGAUGGCAUUGGCAUUUCUCCCAGGGCUGGAGGAGGUGACUCUGCAAGGCCAAGCCUUCUCAGCUGGUUUGGUCUGUGUGUGGGUGGACUGAUAACCAGAAGUGAGGAUGAGCAGGGGCAGCUGCGGGGUGGAGACAGCCCUGAGCAGAAAGUUCCCAAAGUACGACACAGCGUACCGGGAAAUAGGCUGCUUUGGGUUAAGGGAGACAGCAGCUGCUGGGUGCAAAGCCAGUGGGUUUUUGUUGCGAGGCAGCCAAUGUCCCUAGACUAUGUGUUGACUAACCCCGUGAUUAGAAGUGACAUUGUCACUGAAGUGUUCUGCUCAUAAUGCUGUCAAAUCUGGUAGAACUACUGCCAAGUGAUUCAUUGCACCCUAGUGAAAUACUGGAGCCUGAGGCAAAAGUCUCUAAAGAAAGGCUGGAGGUCUUUUUAACAGCUUCUGAAGUUUGGUGGGAACUGCAGAAUGGAGGGAGGUCGGUCCCUUCUCACUGGCAAGUCAGUUGACCCCUGAAAGUUUAGAGGAGUGAGCACAGACCUUGCUAAUGACUCUUCUGCCUUGGCCCUUUCCCAUUCUGAAUACAGGGGGAAUGGUCAGCACAGCCUUUUGGCUCCUGCUUAUUGUUGCGACCUCGUUCUGCUUUUGAAACUCCCAGAAGAGUUGUCCAAGUGUAUGGUACGCAUCUUAUCAGCGCUGCACAAAGGGAAGGGAAAGUUCAGCGGCGUGGACUUCGUGUUGCCACACGCUUGUGACCCGGGGAAGCUGUGACAGGUUGCUGCUAUAUUGUGGCACACUGUGCUGAGAAGAUGGCCUCCCCAGGUGCCCCAGGGACCCGCAUGACGUCCACAGUCAGCAUCAACAUUUCUACUCCUUCCUUCUACAACCCACAGAAGAAGUUUGCGCCUGUGGUUGCCCCUAAGCCCAAGGUGAACCCCUUCAAGGCUGGGGGUGCAUCAGAGUCGUCGCUGCCCCCACCACCUGGUCCUAGUGCCCAGCGUGCUCAGAUAGGGAAGGUGGGGGAGAUUCCAUUGCCACCCACGUCCCUGCUGGCAGAAGACCUGCCGCUGCCACCUCCUCCUCCACCCGGGGAGGAUGCAAGCUUCUCUUCAAACUGUGCAUUUCCACCACCUCCACCACCCUUUGAGGAACCUUUUCCACCAGCCCCAGAAGAAGCUUUUCCUUCUCCUCCUUCUCCGCCACCUCCUCCUCCUCCAAUGUUCGAUGAAGCACCUGUGAGCAAGGUUCCUGCCCCACAGGUACGUGGCAAGAUGAGCAGCGUUGAUCUUGAGAUUGACUCACUGUCUGUAAUGUUGGAUGACAUGGAGAAGAAUGACCCCUUCAAAUCCCGGAUAACUCCAGGAUCCACAAGUUCUCUGGAGAAACCAUUGGCUCCAAAAGCCCCUGUGGAAAUACCAGUACCACCUGCACCCAAAGAUGCUCCUCAUUCCUUUCCUUCCAAGUUCGCACCAAAGCCAAGUGGAAGCUCAUCUUUCAAGCCCUCUGGGGUGGAUUUGAACCCCACCCCAACCCCAUGGGCAGCCCCACAGCAACGCAAGGAGCCCCAGGCACCAGUUCCUCCACCUCCCUCUCUCCCUUCUGUUCAACCUAUGCCUAAAUUCACCCCAUCUCCUGUUUCUGGCUCUCCUAAGUCUGUGUCCAAAUCGGAUGACAAUGUUCCAAUGGCUCCCUCAAAUUCUACAAGAUACCCUACAUCCCUUCAGACUCAGUUCACAGCCCCUUCACCUUCAGGUCCCUCCUCUAGACCACAGCCCCCCAAUUUCACCUAUGCCCAGCAGAGGGAAAGACCCCAAGUGCAGGAGAAGCCACGGCCAACAGAACAACCUGCUGCUGCAAAAGACACGCAUAGACCCACAGGUAACAGCGCAGAUCCACCUCGGGGGAAUUCCUGUCUGACAAUGAAGGAGGUAGAAGAGCUGGAGAAGUUGACCCAGAAACUAAUGAAGGACAUGGAGCAUCCACCCCCAGCAGAGGCUGCAACUUCUGAGCUCUGCGGCUUCUGCCGGAAGCCCCUGUCACGAACCCAGCCAGCUGUGAGAGCCCUGGACCGCCUCUUCCACGUGGAGUGCUUCACCUGCUUCAAGUGUGAGAAGCAGCUGCAGGGGCAGCAGUUCUACAAUGUGGAUGAGAAGCCCUUUUGUGAGGACUGCUAUGCUAGCACCUUGGAAAAGUGCAGUGUCUGCAAGCAGACCAUCACAGACCGGAUGCUGAAGGCCACUGGUAACUCAUACCAUCCCCAGUGCUUCACCUGUGUGAUGUGCCAUACCCCCCUGGAGGGGACCUCUUUUAUUGUGGACCAGUCCAACCAGCCUCACUGUGUGGAUGACUACCACAGGAAGUAUGCUCCACGCUGCUCAGUCUGUAGUGAACCUAUCAUGCCAGAGCCUGGAAAGGAUGAGACGGUGCGUGUUGUUGCACUGGAGAAAAAUUUCCACAUGAAAUGUUACAAGUGUGAGGACUGUGGGAAGCCCUUGUCCAUUGAAGCAGAUGAGAAUGGGUGCUUUCCUCUGGAUGGGCACGUGCUGUGUAUCAAGUGUCACACCGUCCGUGCAAAAACAGCGCGCUGAGAAGCUCGGAGGGGGCGUUCCCUCGAGCACUCAGUACUCCUCCCCUCCCUGCCAUUGUCCUAUCCCUCUGCCUGACAAGGCAGACUGCUGCCAACGGAGACUAUGCCAGCGCAGUUUUUUACUCGUGUAGGAUUCACUGCUCCUAGACUUCACUCUGCACACCCACCAAGAAAGGGCCUCUUCUUCUGUCACUGCUUCCUGGCCACAGUGUAUUCCAGGCUGGGGGCUGUGAUCAAGGUGAGUGCACAAUCGCUGUUCCCUCAAGACUCUGGAGGAGAAAGAUCAGACCUCUGCCACCGCCUGGUGGAAGAAGCAAGAAAGACCUGGUGGCAGGUGCUGGGAAGGGCUGAGAGCAUUCUUCAGUUCCAUGGAGCCAAGAAUGAUGAUUUGACUCGAGAAGGUGGAAGCCUGCAUCUUGGCACCACUUCUUUUGUUUUAUAUCUUGUGACACCUCACUAUCAGGAUGUCUUCCUCUGCCUGCUCCCUCACUUGGGUUAGAGUGUGGAGGCAGAAGGUAGUAGGAGUCUGUUACUGUUGCUGGAAAAAGCUAACCUGCUAUAGCUUUUCUGUCUCUAAUGGAUUUUACUGAUUUACUGUCUUGUCAUCUUUUUCCUUAACCAGAUUAAACUGGCAGCGUUUGAAAUACUACUCUGAGUACUACUCUGAGUUUGGAAACUUUUUUUUUUUUUAAAUCGUUUUCCCCUUCCCAAAAUGAAUUGUUUCCCAGUGCGGUUUCUGGACAGCCAGGCUGGGAACCAGAGUAGCGAAGCAGUCCAAAGAAUGCAUGUUUACAAAUAAAGACUGUCAUAAGGACAGGCAGCACAUGGUGAGGAGGCGUCUCAGAGCGUGGGUGAGGAUUUGGCAGCCUGAGGAACGGCUCCUGUUCCAGGAGGGUUUCUUUCACUGCUGUCAGUGAAAGCUGCGGUGGAAUUGCAAUGUACUGUCUGGCUCCAAGUGUUACUGCACCGAGCCCCGUUUCCUGGACCAGAAACUGUCUCAAACUGAACAAACCUUUUGAAUAAUGACACUGUCCAACCACUGUUUGCAUUCAAUAAAAUGUGUGGGUUUUUUCCAUUAA